AUGUAAUAACCAGCCGAAGAAUUAGAUUAAUUAAUACAAACCUUAAAUAAUUAAUCAACCAUUCCCUUCCUUCAGCAAGCUCUCACUUAGGAUUAAUUGCUGGCUCAAAAUGCUCGUCUGCUCUAACAAUUGCAUGAAUAGCAGAGGAUGUUGAAUUUGCAAAGUCUGUUCACUUAGAGUGUUCUCCAGAAUCCCUUUAUGAAUUAAUAAAUCACUCAGGAGAGCAAGAAGAUCAAGAAAACAAAGUCAACACUUCAGAGAAUUCAAUCUAAUGCUAGUCUAAAAGAACAAGCCCCUCAAUUACAGGAAAUUAAAGGUAAUGUCAAGAACGCAUACAUUAAGAAGAUUACCUCUUUGCUCAGCGUAGAAGGUGAAAAACUCUUGGAUGAAGAAUUGCAGGAAGAUCUACAAGGAGAGAGUUCAUCAGAAGAAGUAUCAAAAGAACAGAAGUUUGGUUUGGCUGGACUUUUAGGAUCUGCAAAUGAUUUAUUGAGUGCUGAGUCAAAGAACAAGCGCUUAAGAUAGAGUGCCAAGAAUUCCCGUCUAAGAAAGAAGGUGUAUUUGAAGUUAUUGGAGAAAAAAGUCUCCGAUCUAGAUUAAAAAAUAUAGGAAUAUAAAAAAACAACAAGAUAAUCCUUUGAGUAUUUGACUUAAUUACUUUCAUCCCAUCCCAUUCUAAAUAGCAUGAUCAUUGCUAAUUCAAAUGCUAUCGAUCAAAUUAUACAAUGCAAACAACCCGAUUAAGCCUAGCUUAUUUUAGAUUCGUAUUUGAUGAGAUAUGGGACAUGUGGAAUCAAAAGGAGAGACUAUUUAAAAUAUGCAGUUAAAAAUAUUCAAAGAAAUUUCUUAAAAGGAAACUACGGGUUGCAAUUGAUUAGUUUCAAUACUGAUCAUAAAAACUAUGAUGAUGAAUUCAACAACUAUGUUGAAAUCAUCAAAAAACAAACUAAAUUAGACGAUGAGAAUUUAAUUUAUAAAAAAGACAUCAUAAUAGUAUUCACAUCGAUUAUACAUAGAUUAUUAUUAAAGUUUAAUACAGAAAUGAAAAAAUUGAAAUCGGUGCAAUAAGAGGUGGAAGAGAAUGUCAAUCAAUUUACUCAAUAAUUAACACCCAUUCAACAAGUUGAAUUAAUCAAAGGGGUAGAGAAACUAACAACUUUCAAUAGAUCACUCAUAAUUCGAUUAUUUUAUAAUGAUAAAAUAUAUAUUAAUUUUUAAUAAAAAUAACAAUCAAAAAUGGAAUUAUUAAACCAUUAGGAGAAGGAAUUACUAAGCAAAUAUAACAAAUACCUUUCAAAUAGCAAGACAUUAGAACCGACUAAAUAUUCUGAUAUAUUUAUUGGAAAACAUGAAAUAGAUAGUGGAUAACUAAGAGAUGAGAUCAAAUUUCAAAAUACAAAAAUGGGUGUCAAAUCUUCAUCAGCCACUAAAAGAAAUGAAUUCAAAAAUAUUAUGUCAGAGUUGAGAAGUGCUUAGGUUUUAAAGAGAGAAAAUGAGAAUAAGAAUUAAAGUAGUGUGUUAAUUUAAGAAAAUUCAAGAUAGAAAUAAUAAUAAUUUGAUUAGAGUUAGAUGUUCUUAAUAAGGGAAUGUUUGGAUAAGCCUGAGAAGCAAGUAAGAUAGAUUUCAUCUAUAUCAUAAGAUAAUCUCGAAUAAAAAAAUAUCUAAGAGAAAUUGAAGUGUAGGCAAUCAACAUUUGAUAUUUAAAGAUAAUUUAAUGAAAAACUACUGUAACAGCUUGAAACAUUAAUAAAAAAGAAAAAAAUAGAUAGCAAAUUCUUAUUUUCCAUGAUUCAAAAACACAUUGAGGAGUGUCCCUAAUUUGGUAAAAGAGUCAAGGAAGAUAUCAAAGAAUUAUUGCAGUAAUUAUUAUGA